CUACGAGUCCUAGGACUGGCACCCAGUGACCAUUGAUAGUCUUGAAAACGGAUGGACUAUAAUCAUGUGAUAUGAACAUAGGUAAGAGAAAGAAUGGGAGAGAGGGCAACAGAAACAAAUCUUUUGUACGCCCGCUUUAAACUACAGGUGGUUAGAUAAAUUUUCUAGUGUGUACAAAAAGGAAGAAGGCAUAAAGUCAGUAAGAAGAGUUUAGUGCAUUAUUGAUGAAUAACCAUUAACAUCAUACUCAUCAUGGAUGGAAGAAGGUAUGACUAAUUAAAACAUCCUAACGUUUUUACGAAUUAUCGCGUACUCUUUUUAACUAAUUCGUGAAAUAAAAUGUAGCGUUAUUAGAAGAGCAAAAGUUAUUCUGACUGAAAGGGCAGUGGUCGUUCUUUCUUAGAAGUUUUGAUCUCAAAAAAUGUUUUUAUAUUUUUAUAUUGUAGGAAUUGGAAAAUUAGAAAAACAUGCAAUUACUCCAGCAGUUCUUUGUGAAUCUGGUGGCGAAGAAAUUAACGCAUCAUUUAAUGGUGGUCCAUUAGAAAAAGAUGGUAAGAAUUUAAAAAUUUAG